AUGGCCAAGAGGGCAUCUGUGAUCCCUGGUACAUUGCAACGAUUGGGCAAUCUACCUCAGGAUUGGGGAUUGAUAACCACAUGUACUGGUUCAGGUACAUUUGAGAUUGCUUUGUCAUGCGUGGCAGAUGCAUUGGGCAACUUCGUUCCAGCUGACUGCAUGAAAUUGUUUCAUGUGAAAGAACUGAUGGCCUCAGAGUGUGAGAAGUGGAAGCAGAAUCUACUAUCGGCACAUGUUAUCACCAGCCGAACCUCAUGUUUGUUUGCAGAUGUGACGGAAUUGGGCAAUGCAGAUGCCCGCUAUUGUGUGAAACACAAGACAAACUGUGCUGUGCCGAGCAAGGGCAAUGCAAUGGCACUGGGCAGUGGCUUCAGUUGCAAAUCACUGUCCAAACUACAAAACGAUGGUGGUCUAUUCAAGAGAGCAAUGAUCGACAAAAAUCAGGAGAGUUCUUCAUAUCGGACAUUCGCAGCUACAUUAGACUUGGCUGAGUCAGUUGCUCCACUUUGGCUUAUUUUGGAGAACGUUGAUCUUGGAGACUGCUCCAACGCGGAUAGCAAUGGUGCUACCAUCUCAAGGCUUUUGUCUGAAGCUGGCUUUGUUACACGUGACUAUGACAAUGAUGCCUUUCUGCUUGAAGAUGAUGAUGAUACCAUCACAGCUGAAUUGGAGCGGAGAGAGAAAUCAAAACGUGAUAGAGAGAAGCGUAGGCAGCAAGAACAAGAUGAAGACGACUAUGACUAUUUGGAAGCACACAUGAAAGGUGACAAAUGGAAAUCCUUACAUAUGAGCUUGGCAAACAGCCGUGGGAAACUGAGUAUUCGGACUAAACUAAACAUUGGUUUUUGUCAACUGGAGCAGACUUGA